UUUGCCUGCAGAGUGUUUAGAGAUCAGAGGUUUCCACAAGCUGAACUCAACUCUCCCCCAGCACGUAUGAAAGCUCUUACGCGUUUACUGUAAAAACUGCUUUGGACUUUUUCCGGAAACUAGUCGCCAUCUCCCUCCCGACAUAAUUAUAGCGGAUCGUUCUGGCACGGAGAUUUAUCAUGUAAAACAUCCGGGAUUUCUGAGAUGUGGGUUUUUAAGAUUCUGUCGGCGGACUCUUGAAUUCACCUGGAUCUGAAGGAGUGUUUGACCUCUGUUUUCGUGCGUUUAUAAACGUUUAAACGUCCAUCAUGAUCGGGAGUGUAAGACGGCUGUAGUUUAACUGCAAGGAAAUUAGCCAGAUGUAAAGUUAGUGGACCGCGGGAACUAGCGGAGAAGUGAGAUAACCUAACUUGUUGAAUUAUUUAUUUACGAUUUAGUGGAAUCGGGUGCUUCUGUAAGACAUAAUAUUUAUAUAAAAUUGUAUUUAAUUGUAUAAUUAAAACAGAACUUGACAGAGUUUUAACCUGUAAAUUUGUAUGUAAAUAUUAGAUGUUACCCAAAAAAAAAAAAAACAGGAAGUAGAAAGUUCAUAGUAAGUCAUUUAUUGGGUUAGAUUGUAAAUAACAACCAACCCCCAAAAAAGGAAUAUAUAGUAACGUUACCUAGCCAUCUCCAGGAUUUCUACAAUGCGGGAUGCGCCUGUGAAUUUCAAUCUUCUACACAGGACUUGCUCUUUAGUGGUGUUGCUAUGUUUGCUACACAUCUCUGUCACUGUCAUAUAUUAUAUGAAAAAUUCAGAUUCAAGGCAAACUUUUGUACAAAAUCAGCAAAACCCUCAGAUCCAUAGGAAACUGACCGAACAGAGAGUGGCAUCAGAGGAGAGCAGUGUGCCAGCUGUGUCUAAUGGGACGGAGACCGAGAAAAAGCUGGACACAUGCCCUGACAGUCCGCCUCGACUGGUGGGUCCGCUGCGGGUAGAGUUUUCUGACCCGGUCUCUCUAGACCUGGUGAGGUCCGAGAACCCAGCGUUGAGGCCCGGUGGACGGUCUAAACCCACAGACUGCAUCGCCCAGCAGAAGGUGGCUGUCAUCAUCCCCUUCAGGAACCGUGACGAGCACCUGAAGUACUGGUUGUAUUAUCUACACCCCAUCCUCCAGCGCCAGCAGCUGGACUACGGCAUCUACGUCAUCAACCAGGACGGUGAGGAUACGUUCAACCGCGCCAAACUGCUCAACAUUGGUUACGCUGAGGCUCUGAAGGAGUAUGACUACGAUUGUUUCAUCUUCAGUGAUGUAGACCUCAUCCCAAUGGAUGACCGCAACAUCUACAAGUGCUAUAAUCAGCCCAGGCAUCUGUCUGUGUCUAUGGACAAGUUUGGAUUCAGGUUGCCAUACGCACAGUACUUUGGUGGCGUGUCAUCUCUGAGCAAGGAACAGUAUCUGAAGAUCAACGGCUUCCCAAACAACUACUGGGGCUGGGGAGGAGAAGAUGAUGACAUAUUCAACAGGGUUGCCUCCAAAGGGAUGUCUAUAUCAAGGCCUGAUGGGAUCAUUGGAAGAUGUAGAAUGAUCCGGCAUGAUCGAGACAAACAAAACGACCCCAAUCCACAGAGGUUUGACCGAAUCGCUCACACAAGGCAAACAAUGGCAAGAGAUGGGAUCAGUUCAUUAACGUAUAAGGUUGUUCAAAUCGAGAAAGACCAGCUAUUCACCAAAAUCACAGUGGAUGUGGGAAAACCAUGAUUCCUGCAUAGAGACCAACAUAAAACUGAGUAAACCCGCAGCGCUGGCUGUCCAAACCAAAUGUGCCUUCAUAGUCAAAUGGAUCAUUUUCAAAGUGGAUUCUAUAUUCUUAAAAAGACACGUGAGUACUUAGACAUGUAUGUUUUGCCAUCUUUGCGCACGUGAUGGUGAACACAGGGGUCUGGACUCCUUUUGUCCAGUGUAUCAGAAAUGUUCAGCUGCUAAAGGACAUACACAAAGUUUCAGGUUGUCCUCAAGGCGACGGAUCAACCUUGUUCUGUCUCAGACACCUCUGCUGAGGAAAGACUAUAUUUAGAGCCAUUCAAUGAAAGCAGCCAAUUAAAGUGAACUGAAUUGCUGAUGAAAAUAUCCUUGUGGUGGGACAAAGUUUGUGAGUUGCUGUGUAUGGGAUUAUUUAGUUGUGUGUGUUUGAAAGCGAAUAUUUAAAGGAUCGAUUUUGUUAAUCAACACCUAAGCAAUGCAAAAAAAAAAAAAAACUGAAGAUAUAAAAUUUCAAGGGUUGAUACAAGCAAACUGGCAUUUUUGGGCUGUCACAUCUUUGUUUACUUCAAUUACGAAUUGCAUCUCAUUAUCUCGUUGCUGUACCAGGUUAUCACAGAGCCUUUUAAAUGAUAUCUCUCUUUGUUAGGAGUGAGCUGUCUGAAUGUAUUGGCCUGCAUGGUUUUUAUUCUUAAGCGCUUGAUGUGUAUUGGACUAUUGUUAUGUUUGCUGGAACACCAAAGUGGCAGCCUUUCAUCUUAAAUGACAUUAAUUUCCUCUUUUCUGUUUGGUGCUUUAUCUUUUUGAUUGCAAUCAAAUGCAGCAUUAUCAGGCCAAGCUUUCAAAUUUGCUAUGUUCCUUUUCUGGGUUUCCGGCCGUUAAUGGCAUUGUGAAUUUCUCAGAUCUAUGCUGGCUAUUAAGGGCACAAGAAUAUUCAAGCUCUCUACUGUAACGAAAACAUGAAGCCAUUGAGAACUUUGCUGAAUUGACCUGUUGAUACUUUGUAGCUUUCUUUUUUCUCUCUCUCACAUGUGCUGGUCUGCUCUUGAAUUCUUUUGAGCAAAGAAAACAGUGUUUUAUUUUAAAAACCUGUCAUUGCGGAAACCAAAACUGCCUUUCAACUCUGUCAGGGGACGAAAUGCAGACGAAGCAAAUGAAUGUAUGUCAGCUGUUUGCUCAAGUGCUUUUCAAGAUGGCGACUAACAGCCCAUUCCCAAUGUACUGAAUGUUUAAGUUGCGCCAGCCAAAUUCUUUCCUCUGCGCCGAGCACCCCAAAAGACCCAUAGAUUUUCUUUCCAAACUCUCCAAUGCCUUAUGAAAAGUCCUUGCACCAGGAAAGAAAACUACCUCUCCACACGGCACGGCACUCGCAAGCAGAAGGGAUAAGCGGCUAAUGCUGUCUCUCAAACCAAAUACUUUGGCAAAUAAUCUUGGGCUUUUUUUCCUCUUAUAGGUCAGUUAAAGCAAGGUAUAAAUCUGUUUAGACAAUGGUCUUUGUUUGAGAGCCAGCACAUAAUACAUUUUCUUUUUCUUUGUAUAAUUCUUUGGUUUGUUCCUCUGACAGUGAACAAUGAACGUAAUUUGGAAUUAUGGAAAGUAAAUAAUUAAACUGUGUUUGAUUUCA